CCCCACUGAGAAAUACAUCUUCGACUCCAUUCUGUCAGCGUUCGGGAAGGAUGUCAUAAAAAAUAUUUAUCUGAUGAUCACAUUUGCAGACAGCAAGAGUCCACCUGUUCUUGAGGCUGUCAAGGAAGCCAACAUACCCUUCGUGGAAUCCUUUUGUUUCAAUAAUUCGGCCUUGUUUACGUCCAACGAAGUGAAGGACUCCCGAGAUCUUCGAUUCGAUACUAUGUUUUGGAAACUGGGAGCGAAGAGUUUCUCUAACUUCUUUGACAGAUUCCGGGAAUCUAAGCCUGUCAGUCUCCAGCUUAGCAACCAAGUUUUGAAGGAAAGACAUGCUCUUGAAGCGACCAUCCAAGCGAUCCAGACUCGAAUUCAAUAUGAUGAAAUUGCCUUAAGGCCGAAUCCUUUGUCCAUUAUCGACUAUGUGGACCUAUUGAUCACGUCGGAGAACUUCCAAAUGAAGCCUGGCUUCAUGAAUAGGGUCAGAAUCCUCAAUGAAAUCCGUGAGAGCCUGGGCAAGGAGGGAGGCGGAGACGAGAGAAUCUAUCACCAGGGAACGAGAGAAAAAGGAACCAAUUCAACACAUUUCUCAAUGUGCAAGCGUUUAGGAAUGAGUCAGAACCACCAAACGGAAGACGAAAUCCCUAACCGAAAUCCGAAUGCUAUCUACAUUAAUAGAGCUCAGGGACUUGAAGAAGAGGCCGUGAAGGUCUCUAUUUACGGUAUUGGGGAUUUCUUGAUUGGCCUCUUCAACGUCAUCUUGGAUGUGACCAGUGGGGAUCUCCAUCGCUGGACCCUUGAGAAAGUGCUUCAACCAGAUAAUGACAUCCUCAUUCUCGAAAACAAUCUCGAUUAUGGAAACAUGUUAUUGAAGAUCAUUUUCAUCCCACCUAAUAAAUGGGGCAAUAAUUUAUGGAGGGCUUCAUCCUCCUAGUUCUCCAGGCCAACUGUCUACAAAUUCACCAUGUACAUUGGCACAGCCUGUAACCCGUUGAUUCCGACGCUUCAGCUUCAUUUGUAUCCUCAUGAUGAAAUAAACUUCAAUCUAUUGAAUCUUUGA